CAAGUUGCAUGGCACAUUUGAGACGUUAAUCACCGACGGAAUAGAAUAGAAUAUUUAUAUCAAGAUGCGCGCCUACGUUUUUCUGCUCGCUUCCCUGUGUCUCGUCGGUUGCGUAUGGGGUAACAAUCUGAUCCUUGGCAGACGUUUGCCCGGCGAGUUAAUCCUCCAGAAUCGAACCAUCAUCAAGCCAUCGAUACCAGGCGUCAGCCAUACCGUUACGAUCGGUGCAACCGCGCCACCCGAUCACGUAAUCUCAUACUUCAGCGUGGUAAACUUGAAUCCAAAGGUGGUGAAAAUACUACCUAUUAAAGGUAGCAUUGGCACCUCAUCGAUCGUCGUACUUGGGGUCGGAUUGCCUAGUUGGGGCAUGUUUAUAAAGGUUGUCGUAUUCGCUGUUCCCAAACUCCCCGAACCCACCACACCGAGCACCACAACUGAACAACCACCGUCCAGCACCGAACCAGCUACGACAACGAGCCCUGAACCUACCAGCACACCGUCCAGCACCGAGCCAGAUACGACAACGAGCCCUGAACCUACCAGCACACCGUCCAGCACCGAGCCAGAUACGACAACGAGCCCUGAACCUACCAGCACACCGUCCAGCACCGAGCCAGAUACGACAACGAGCCCUGAACCUACCAGCACACCGUCCAGCACUGAACCAGAUACGACAACGAGCCCUGAACCUACCAGCACACCGUCCAGCACUGAAACAGAUACGACAACGAGUCCUGAACCUACCAGCACACCGUCCAGCACUGAACCAGAUACGACAACGAGCCCUGAACCGAGCAGUACACCGUCCAGCACCGAACCAGCUACAACAACGAGCCCUGAACCUACCAGCACACCGUCCAGCACUGAACCAGAUACGACAACGAGCCCUGAACCUACCAGCACACCGUCCAGCACUGAACCAGAUACGACAACGAGCCCUGAACCUACCAGCACACCGUCCAGCACCGAACAAUCAACGAAUACUGAACCAAAUACGACAACGAGCCCUGAACCUACUAGCACACCAUCCAGCACCGAACCAGAUACGACAACGAGCUCUGAAUCGAAUAGCUCAUCGAACAGCGAGGAAUCGACGAACACCGAACCAGACACGACAACCAGCUCUGAAUCGAGCAGCGAAGACACGAGUAACGAAUCAAAGAAAUCGAUAAACUCUGAUUCAAAUAGCGUGGAAUCAAGUUUCCCACGACACAAGUUGGGCGGAAAGUCUGAAAAUGAUCGAUUGUGGAAAUGGAUCCGAUCUCGAAUCUGAUGAGAUUCUGAUCGAUGAGAGAUAUAAAUUAAUUGGAGAUUAAUUCUGUAUAUUAGUAGCUCGGUAAUAUAUCUCGUCGAUGAUUAAAUACGAGUAAUAAGAAAGACGCAACGACCGAAUCGACGUUCUCCUCCAAGCUUUAAUCUAACGUGUUACAAAAUUUUUUAAUUAACUUAUCCUUUUUAAAUAAACUUUUACUUUCUCUCUC